AAGCUGACACUUUAAAUUGGCAUUGAGGAGUAUCAAAUCUUUUCGAAUCUCUGCGGACAGAGAAUCACAAUUGUACAGAUAAUCUGUCACCGCCGGCGGCUUGCCCGCUACUGUGUCUGCUACCUUAUUUCAUGUAUAGUCUUUUCGCUUUUCCAUUUUUAGUUCUUUCUCACCUGCCAUUUUCGUGAAAUCAUCUGCUCACGCCAUAAAUAUGACAAAGGAGAGAGGGAAAAUCGAGUCGACACAUCUCCCCUCUAAAAACCCCAGCCAGAGGGUAGCGUUUCUUUCUGAAUUCUGUGUGUGCGCCUAUCGUCUUAAAAGUCUAAAGCCAUUGGAAGAUAUUGAAAAAUAAAAUGGAGAGGAAUUAUGUUGGUAAUGGUUUUCCUGCCUUCAUUAAGGUUUACAGCCCUGAAACGUGCUAUCUCAAGCUGAAAAUUCCGUCGCGCUUUUUUAAAAAUUUGAACGGGGACAUUCCAGUGAUCUCUCUCCUUGAAGUUGAAGGUUCAGCGAGGAGAUCUUGGAGGGUUGUUAUUGAAAAGAUUGAAGAGGACUUCUAUUUCAAGGGUGGUUGGACAAAAUUUGUGCAGGAUAAUAACUUGGAGAAUGAAGAUUAUCUUAAUUUUCUUUAUGCUGGAAAUUCUACUUUUUCUGUAAAAAUAUAUGGAACGAAUGGCUACUUAAAGCAGGAAUUAAAUGCUAUUGCGGAGCUUGAAUUGCAUCCAUUGGAUGAAGAGAACCCUAAUGAGAUACAAGUGGUAUCUCCCUUAGCUGAUGAAGAACUUGAUGGAUCAGAAAAUUCUCUAGUCUCAGUCACUCUAUUUGAAAUCGUCAUGAAGAAAUCCAAUUUUUCAAAUAUGUUGCUGAAUUUUCCCUCUACGUUUGGCAAAAAGUAUAUGAAGAGGGGGCAAGUAUUUGAGAAAAUGGCUACUCUUCAGACCGAUGGUAAAAGUUGGCCAGUUGUUGUUCGUAGUUCCGAUAGACUCAAAUUGCGUAAAGGGUGGCGUCAGUAUCUACAGGACAAUGAUUUGCAUGUAGGAGAUGUUUUGCGUUUUAAGCUGAUUGAUGAGGAGAAUUUUAUACUCAAAGUUCUCAUCAGGCGCAUUACCUUCGAUUGUUAAGCUUACUAUUGGAAUUUUGUAUCAAGAAGUUCAAAAUCAAUGGAUUUUACAUCAUUUUGUCGCAUGGUAAAUGCUUUAACACAUAGUUUAACAACAGCCUGCAGUUCCAUAGCCGGCACUGUAAAAUUGCAAAUCAAGUCAUUUCAAUCUGAAACAAGUACUCAAGAUCCGAAUAGCCUUGUAUGAUCAGGUGUCUAUGUUGUUUUAUCAAAAUAUCUGUUAAAAGUUCGUAGUUGUACUUAGUAUGGAAUGAAUGACAUUUGAAGUGAAAGCAUUGAAAAA